UUAGUUUCUCAAUUACCGAGAAAGAAAAACAGCUGCCGUUACAUUCAGAGGACCAUUAGAGCUUACUGCAAUAUUGUAGUUGUACUAACUGAUCUACUAUGGCUCUCCAGGAUCAUUCUAUUGGGAUGUUCCAAGUAUGGGACUAUGUUGUAUUCGCUUGCCUGUUUGCGGUUUCUUCGGGUAUUGGAGUCUUCUUCGCUGUGAAAGAGAGGAAAAAGGUCUCAUCCAGGGAAUUCUUGGUUGGGGGCCGUGAGAUGACCUGUGGUCCAGUGGCGCUCUCCCUGACGGCCAGCUUCAUGUCAGCAGUGACUGUUAUUGGAGCUCCGUCAGAUGUGUACCGCUUUGGGGCCUCAUAUGUUAUCUUUGGCAUCGCCUACAUGUUUGUGGUCAUUUUAACUGCUGAGCUCUUUCUUCCUGUAUUCUAUCGCUCAGGCAUUACGAGCACUUAUGAGUAUCUUGAGCUGCGCUUCUGUAAAGCGGUCCGUGUAGCUGCUACUCUCAUUUACAUGGUGCAAACGAUUCUGUACACAGGGGUAGUGGUGUAUGCUCCAGCUCUAGCUCUCAACCAAGUGACAAAAUUUAAUCUGUGGGGGUCCAUAAUUGCCACCGGUGUCGUCUGUACUUUCUACUGUACACUGGGAGGACUAAAGGCUGUAGUGUGGUCUGACGCGUUCCAGAUGGUGGUCAUGGUGGUGGGUUUUCUCACUGUGCUGGUGCAGGGCUCAGACAGAAGUGGAGGAAUUGUCACAGUAUGGAAGACAGCACAGGCUGGAGAUAGACUAAAAGUGUUUGACUUUGACCCCAGUCCUCUUAGGCGUCACACAUUCUGGACGGUCACCAUAGGGGGCAUGUUCACAUGGCUGGGCAUCUAUGGCGUGAACCAGUCCACCAUUCAGAGGUGUAUAUCUUGCCGGACGGAGAACCAUGCUCGCUGGGCUCUGUAUCUGAAUCUGGUAGGCCUUUGGAUGAUUCUGCUCUGUGCUGUGGUCUCAGGACUCAUUAUGUAUGCUUUCUACUCACACUGUGACCCCUGGACAGCUGGCUACAUAUCUGCUCCUGACCAGCUUAUGCCAUAUUUUGUACUGGAUAUAUUGGGCAGUUUUCCAGGACUGCCUGGGCUGUUUGUGGCAUGUGCUUUCAGCGGGACCCUCAGCACAGUGGCUGCCAGUAUCAACGCUCUGGCCACAGUGACGUACGAGGAUUUUGUGAGCCAGUGUUGCAGAGACAUUUCCAACCGGGCUGCUACCUGGAUCAGCAAAGCACUGUGUGUGGUGUUUGGAGUGGCCUGCACCAGCAUGGCAGUGGCAGCAUCAUCCAUGGGGGCGAUUGUGCAGGCUGCUCUUAGUAUCCAUGGUAUGUGUGGAGGACCCAUGCUGGGCCUGUUCUCUCUAGGAAUCCUCUUCCCUUUCAUAAACUCUAAGGGGGCUAUAGGUGGUCUGAUGCUGGGCACUGCUUUGUCCUUCUGGGUAGGAUGGGGAGCCUUCAUCCACCCUGCUUCCCCCAACUACACACGUCCCCUGUCUCUGAGCACUCAGAACUGUACUCCACUGAACACUACAUCUGCUGCAUUCACACCAACACCUCUACUACUGAGCACACCUGAUAGCUCAGAGAGGUCUGUUGUGGCUGAGUCCUGGUAUUCCAUGUCCUAUCUGCACUAUAGCACAAUGGGCUUUCUAGCAACAGUUAUAGGAGGUCUGCUAUUCACACUGCUAACAGGCCCCUCUAAGCCACAGGAGGUGAAGCCAGGGCUGAUUCGGCCAGUGUGUGACCUGUUCUGUUUCUGCUCAGAGAAAUACAGGCACUUUUGCUGGUGUGGGGUCAAUCAUGCAGAGGAGAAAGUGGAUUUUGAUGCUAUGGAGUUUGGAACAGCAUGGGAGAAUUACCCAGACCAGGACAAAAUCACAAAAUCAACAAAUGGCAAGAAGCAGAGUUACACCUUACAGGAUGAGGCUUACACUAAUGCUGCUUUUGUCCCAGACACUAGCAGACCAAUUUCUGUCAAAAAUGUAACUGCUGGAAAAAAUAUUCAGUAGUAAAAUAAAGCAUAUGAAUAUAUUUGACAUUAAACACCAAGUCAAAACCAAAAACCACUCCACUAACUUUAGUUAAAAGAUACAAUCAAUGAUUUAUUACAGAAAAGAGUGAUAUCCAAAUUUAUGUUACAGCUUUUUUUGUACAAUUUUAUUUCCAUACUAUUUUUUUUACAUGUAAACAGGGAUGGUGUAAACAAAGCACAUUGUUGAUACCAUUUAUGUCACCAUAGUUUUGAGUACAAAUAAUGUGCUGUGCUGUUGUACUGAAACAUUCCACACUGUUCAAAAAUGGACUUUUAACUGGACUUUCCCCAGUUAAUUUGCUGAGAUCAGAGGUCAGAUCUGUUUUUUGUGUAAUCCUAUUAACUUUAACCCAUUGAGUGAGCACCUAUUGCCAUCCUUACAUAUGACCCAUCAAACCACUGUAAUUUUGCAUAACACUCUCUUGCAUAAUGCAUAUUAAGAAACUCUCUCAUAACUACACUUAGCCUUAAACCAUGUUACAUAUCAACCAUACCCAUUGCUUUUCCUAGGAAACCUGAUUUUGAAAAUAACUGAAAUGUUCAGUCUUGUGUGCUAGAUGGAAGCAUUUGGUACAAUAACAAGUGCUCUUCUUCUUAACGAAUAAACAUGUUUGAAGUAUUGAUUAUA